AUGGCUCCCAUUCGACGAUAUCUCCGCAUCAGCAAAUAUUCAGUACUGGAGUGUCGCAUCUAUCUGGAUAAACCAUCUGAUUCACGAUGGCUCUUGAAUCCUCGCGAUCCUGUCCUUCCGCGCGUCAUCGCUGCCAUUCGACCGUUGGUCCUGCCGAAGCUGCGCGAAGAGAAUGAGCGGCUAUUCAUGCGCAAGAAGGGAAAACCGGUUAAGGAUGUUGUCGCAGAGGAUGAGUUCGAAGUGGCCAUCUUCCUUCGCGAAACCCGCACCCGCCAUUCGCUCCUCACGCGAAACAAGACAUUCCACAGGGAGGGUCAAGACUUGAACCUGGAGGUCAAACCGGAACAUGUUUCAGAGGAUACAGCUGCCAACCCGGUUAGCUUGGCGGGUGGUGAGAUUAUGAUCGAGAGUGACGAUGAAGCCGAUCUAGAAUUGCACAAUAUUCCUGAAUCUGCGGAUGACGUUGCAUCAAGGGACGGGCAAAGGACAGACCAGGUGCAACCCGAGGACGAGGCUGGUGACGAAAAAAAGCUUCGUUUCAGCACCAAUUAUGAGAGCUUCAAUAUCUGUGGAUGGGUUUUGUGUUUGUUGAUCAAACGCAAGGGCGGCAAAACCAGACCAAAUGCCGUGGAAUCCGAGCCAACCCGGCAACCACUUAUGGAAGAAUGGAUUUCAACUCAAGCUCAAACAUCCAUCGACGACUGA